AUGAAGAGUCUUCUAAUUCUUAUACUUCUGUGUGUGGCAGCUUGCUCAGCUUACCCUCUGGGAGGAACAGCAAAGGAUGAGGAUACUACAAUGGAUCUUGUUCAGAAAUACCUUGAAAACUACUACAGCCUUCCAAAAGAUGCAAAACAAUUUGUGAGAAGGAAAGAGAGCAGCCCUGUGGUUAAAAAAAUCCAAGAAAUGCAGAGAUUCCUAGGGUUGAAUGUGACAGGAAAGCUGGACUCUGCCACCCUGGAGGUGAUGCACAAGCCCAGGUGUGGAGUACCUGAUGCUGGCCACUUCACUACCUUUCCUGGUUCACCCAAGUGGAGGAAAACUACCCUCACUUACAGGAUUGUGAACUACACAUUGGAUCUAUCCAGAGAUGCUAUUGAUUCUGCCAUUGAGAGAGCUUUGAAAGUCUGGGAGGAGGUAACUCCUCUCACAUUCUCCAGGAUUUACCGUGGAGAAGCAGACAUAAUGAUCACUUUUGCAAUUAGAGAACAUGGAGAUUUUAUCCCUUUCGAUGGACCUGGACAAGUUCUGGCUCAUGCCUAUGCGCCGGGGCCAGGAAUUAAUGGAGACGCUCACUUUGAUGAUGAUGAGCUGUGGUCAGAAGAUACAACAGGGACCAAUUUAUUCCUUGUUGCUGCUCAUGAACUUGGCCACUCUUUGGGCCUUUAUCACUCAACUGACAGUAAAGCUUUGAUGUAUCCAAUCUACAAUCCGCUUACAGACCUGGCCCGGUUCCGCCUCUCUCAAGAUGAUGUGAAUGGCAUUCAGUCCCUCUAUGGACCUCCCACUGUCUCUCCUGAGGAACCUGUGAUGCCCACACAAUCUUUGCCUGCAGGACCUGAGACACCAGCCAUGUGUGACCUUGCCCUGUCCUUUGACGCAGUCACCACUCUGAGAGGGGAAUUCCUGUUUUUCAAAAACAGACAUUUUUGGCGCAAAUCUCUCAGGACCCUUGAAAUUGAAUCUAAUUUGAUCUCUUCAUUUUGGCCAUCUCUACCUUCAGAUGUGGAUGCUGCAUUUGAAGUUACUAGCAAGGAUACUGUUUUCAUUUUUAAAGGGAGUCAGGUCUGGGCCAUCAGAGGUAACAAGGUCCAGGCAGGUUAUCCAAGAGCCAUCCACACCUUGGGCUUUCCUCCAACUGUAAGGAAAAUUGAUGCAGCUAUUUCUGAUAAGGAAAAGAAGAAAACAUAUUUCUUUGUAGAGGAUAAAUACUGGAGAUUUGAUGAAAGAAGACAGUCCUUGGAGCCUGGCUUUCCUAGGCAAAUAGUGGAUGACUUUCCAGGAGUGGACACAAAGGUCGAUGCUGUCUUUGAAGCAUUUGGAUUUUACUACUUUUUCCAUGGAUCUUCACAGUUUGAAUUUGACCCUAAUGCAAAGAAAGUGACACAUAUUUUGAAGAGUAACAGUUGGUUUGGUUGUUAG